GCGAGCACACCACCGGUUCUCUCCAAACGUGUUUACCCGUUAACGAACAUGAGGCGUUUAGUUCAGAGAUAGGUUUUGAAACGGAGCAGCCUCCGUGCGUCGUGUUUCUUCCCCGGAGAGCCCUCCCUUUUUUUCUCCCCCUGCCUGGCGUUUGUUCCAGCGGAGAGCCUGCCGUGGAGCGGUUGUCACACAUAACAGGGCCGCGGAUCGGGUCUUGUUGCUGGGAGGAGACCAUCCAGACUCGCCUCCCCUCUGCUAGCAUUAUUAGCUGGCUAUGAUGCGCUGCUGCUGCUGCUGCUGGGGUAUUUUCUACGCAGCAGGCCACUGUAAAGCGAGGCAGGUCCUUGGAUAAUUGUUUACCCCGACCGAACUGAAGGGUGACUUGGAGAUACACCACACCUUUCAAGGAUGGAUGUUGAUUUGUGUGCUGGCGGGGACAGUACCAGGAGAAAAGUGGAUUUGGCCGGGGCUGCAGAAGGCACAAUGGAAGUUGUACCAUUGGAGAUGUACGACUCCGCCAGAGCAAAAAUAGCUGCCAACCUGCGGUGGCUGUUUGCCAAAGCCUAUGGCAUUGACCAUAUUCCAGAGGACUUAAGGGACCCCUUCUACACGGACCAGUACGAGCAGGAACACAUCAAGCCCCCUGUCAUCCGCCUGCUGCUGACCUGCGAACUCUACUGCCGUGUCUGCGCCCUCAUCCUCAAGACGGAGCAGGCGGCGUCUCUUCAGUCCCACCUGUCCGUCAUCCAGGCUCUGUCCAGAAAGGGCAUAUAUGUUGUGGAAAGUGACGAUACACCGGUCACAGAUGAGGACCUGGCCUGUGUGCCCAUCAAAAUGAGUGCUCACAUGCCCAUGAUCGAUGCCCUGAUGAUGGCCUACACAGUAGAGAUGAUCAGCAUCGAGAAAGUGGUGGCUUCUGUCAAACGCUUCUCUACCUUCAGUGCCUCCAAGGAGCUGCCCUUUGACCUGGAGGACGCUAUGGUCUUCUGGAUCAACAAGGUGAACAUGAAGAUGAGGGAGAUUGCAGAAAGGGCGCACAAAGUCAAGCACCACCCCCUUGAGUCCCCCAGCCACCAAAAGUCUCCCUCCAAAUGGUAUUGGAAGCUAGUCCCUGUACGCUAUCGUCGGGAGCACGCUUCAGGCCAAAAGCUGCCCUUCUUCCCUCUGCUGGAAGACCUGAUGAGGGAUGUUUGUGACGGAGCUGCACUGCUAACUGUGGUCAACUACUACUGCCCAGACCUCAUGAAGCUGGAGGAUAUUUGCCUGAAGGAAGUCCCCUCCAUCGCUGAUAGCCUGUACAACAUUCAGCUACUCAAAGAGUUCGCCAGCGAGUAUCUGAAUAAAAGUUUCUAUCUCACGACAGAGGACAUGCUCUACUCGCCGCUUGUGCUCAAGCACAAUGUGAUGGUGUUCAUUGCUGAGCUCUUCUGGUGGUUUGAGACAGUCAAGCCAGAGUUUGUCCAGCCCAGAGAUCUCCAAGAGUUUAAAGAUGCUCGAGCCACAGCUCAGCCCAAGAGUGCCCGCCCAUCAGUGCCUAUCUCCAACGCCACCAAGCGCAGCUUCCUGGUCAGCCCUGGUGCGGCAGAUAACCAGAGCAGCCCUGAAGUCUGUAACAGGUACUUCCUGCACCCUGAAGACUCUGACCCCCUUAAAGGGGGACCAACCUUUAGUCCCUCCCACCCGCUUCUGCCUCUUCGACAGAGGCAACAAAAGCAGCAAGGAGAAGACGGUGCAGCUCUCAGAAAUCGCUCCAACUCGCUGACUCAGAUGGACGGACAACCCAGAGGCUCUGUUGUUGCAUGGCCCGACAAGAGACAGAGACCGAUGUCCACACUGAGCCCCUACAUGUUCCAUUCAGCCACAGACAGUGAUGCAGACAUUGCUUCUGGCGACAGCGUGAGUCUGGCUCGCUCCAUAAGUAAAGACAGCCUGGCGUCCAACGCCAUGAACGUCACCCCCAAACACCAGACUUCUGUCCACCAGCCUUCACAGACGGCAGUGCGCAGACUCAACGGCCACAGCCUCAUGGCCAACGUCAACACUGAGGACGAGGAAGAAACUCUGGUGGCAGUUUCCAGGACUGACGGUCCCGUCGUCCCCAAGCGGGUUGACGGGACGCAAGCAACUGCACCAGCGGGACCCAAACCUUCCACUGAGUCCAAACCUGCUCAAGAUAGCUUUUACCUAGAACCACUGAUGCCUUCUGUGAUCAAAACAGCUAAAGAGAAGUCUGUAUGCCUAAACAAAGAGGAGGAGAGUGGCGAGGUGCCCCAGUCCUCAGGAAGGGGGUCUCUGCGCCGAGGAGACGGAUCUACAGCGGCCGUUCGCAGGAAAGCUCCCUGCACCAUGAACCAAACAUUUACUCCUCCGGGUCAGGAGGCGGACUCGUCAGACGAGCCUCAACAGGCUCCGGUGGAUUUCAGGCCGGUUGUGACCAGCAGCGUGGACCCCUCGUCCAAAGAGCCAGCUGGGGGUUUCUACCUUCAUUCAGACUCCGAGGGACCAAAGCCCGAGCAAAGCUUGGAUGCUGAGCUCCAAGAUCUGGAUGAGGAGGAAGAGGACCUGGAUGAAGCCGUCACUACUAAAGACCCCAACUGGUCCGGGAAAGCCUUUAACGACGACGACGAAGAAGAAGAAUCGGCCAAACUCAAAGAGGACAUGAAUGUGAAAGAGCAUGAGGACAAAGACCUGAACGGAGGCAGCGGGCGCUCCAGUCCCUGUCUCAGCGCUCACUCCCAGGCCAGCAGUAUGGCCAGUGGCAGUGUGCGCAUGACCUCCUUCGCUGAGCGAAAAGCCCAGCAGCAGCGCUUCGGCAGCAACCACGACCUCCGCUCCAGUGCCUCCAGCUCCCAGAGGACCACUCCAGACGGAUCAGAGAGCAGCGGGCCCCUGCCGUCCUCCUGGAGGCUGAAAAGAGACCAGAGUCCCUCUUCGCCCUUGGGAGGAUGCGGCCGUGCAGGCGAUGGUAGCGGUGGUUCUAAUGUCCUGGCUUCUGAGAUUGUCCAGCUCCGCAUGCAGCUGGAGGAGAAACGACGGGCCAUAGAGCACCAGAAGAAGAAGAUGGAAGUGCUGUCAGCGAGGCAGAGGCAGAAGCUGGGAAAGGCCGCCUUCCUGCACAUCGUAAAGAAAGGAGGAGGCAAGAGCGACACAUUACCCAACCCACUUAAAGCGGACAUUUCUAAAGAGGAGCUCGGAGGGGAGAAAGCACCAUCAAGUAAAGACGAUAUGUGUGUUGAUGCCCUGAGGGGGGACAAGGUGGAGGUGGUGACCUCCCCGUCAGGUGCCUUAGAAACAGAUAAGAAAGGACCCAAUGAAAGCUUCCAUCUAGAGGAAGAGUUGGACCUGAACGAGUGCAGCCGCUCCAUCGAACUGCUGAACGACGCCAUCGGCAGCAUCCAGCAGCAGAUGAUGCAGCUGUCGCUGCAGCAGGAGAUGCUGAUGAAACAGAAUGUACAGUCUCCCCCUAGUGCGACUCCACCUCCUCCUGCCACCGCCGACAAAAACGGCGACCCUAAGGCGGGGGCAAGCUUUCACUACGUGGAGCACCUCGCCAGCACCGGCACCGCUCCCACCAGGAAACCCCCCAAGCUGAGCUCAGGCCGGAGCUCCAGGUCCAAACCGUCAGAGCUAAAGAUAGCCAAGGAGCAGAGCCGGCAGACCUCCAGGACCCUCACCCCCACCCAGAGUGGGGCCGAGACGUUACCACACCGGCAGUUAGCUGGGGGCAGGUCCCCCAGGACCGAGCAGCCCGACAGCCCCAGAAACCCCACAGCCGGAGAGACAAUCGACAGGCCAGGCUCCGGCCACAUUCGGAGCGCCAACUUCCGCCUUCACGAUGAGGCGAACGUGCGCCUGCCAACCCGAGUGGACCUGAAGACACUAGCUCCCCCAGAAGUGUCCUUCGACGAGUGCCUGUCCAGCACCCUAAGGGAGUCUGAGCUCAACUCUUCGGACGGUUCAGGGAAAGAGAACAUACCAUCGGACGAGGUGCAGCGCAGCAAAUCCCACCUCAUCGAGGUCGAUCUGUCCGAGCUGAAAGCUCCCGAGGAGGUGGAGGCUUCUGAGGACAGCACGACAGACGAUGGAGAGCAGAAAUCAGUCAUGGGCUUCUUCUUCAAGGAUGAGCAGAAGGCGGAGGAUGAGCUCGCUAAGAAGAGAGCGGCGUUCUUGCUGAAGCAGCAGAAGAAAGCCGAGGAGGCUCGAGUCCGUAAACAGCAGCUAGAAUCAGAAUCGGAGCUCAAGCGAGACGAAGCCAGACGGAAGGCUGAGGAGGACCGCUUGCGUAAAGAAGAGGAGAAGACGCGGCGGGAGCUGAUAAAGCAGGAGUAUCUGCGGAGGAAGCAGCAGGAGAUGUUCGAGGAACAAGGCCUCGUCAAGCCCAAAACACCCAAAACGCCCAAACCCAAGCAGAAACACAGACCCAAGUCCGUCUUCAGAGAGGAAUCCUCCAGCGAUAAUUUCUCCAAGUGCUCUUCUGACAACCUGAGCAACGCCCAGUCAGGCUCCAGUCUGUCCCUCGCCUCCGCUGCAACCAACGAGGCAGACAGCGUCAACUCUGGAGGGGCCGGCUCCCAGCGCUGUGACUCGGUGGAGUCGUUUCCAGGCAGUCGUAACAACAGUCGGACAGCAGAGAGAGACUGGGACAACGGCUCCACUGCAUCUUCCAUCGCUUCCAUGGCUGAAUAUACUGGUCCCAAACUAUUCAAGGAGCCCAGCGCCAAGUCGAACAAGCCAAUCAUCCACAAUGCAAUCUCUCACUGCUGCCUGGCUGGGAAAGUCAACGAGCCUCAGAAGAACCAGAUCCUAGAGGAGUUGGAGAAGUGCGAGUCCAACCACCUGAUGAUCCUGUUCCGUGACGGCGGCUGUCAGUUCCGGGCGCUCUACUCGUACUUCCCCGACAGCGAAGAGAUAACGAAGCUGACGGGAACGGGCCCCAAGAGCAUCAGCAAGAAGAUGAUCGACAAGCUGUACAAGUACAGCUCCGACAGGAAGCAGUUCACCGUCAUCCCUGCCAAGACUGUGUCAGUCAGCGUGGACGCCCUGACCAUCCACAACCACCUGUGGCAGGUCAAGAGAAGUGCUGUGCCAAAGAAAAGCGGAAAAUAGCAGAUAGCCGGAUUUUAAACCCCCUCUAUCAUCCAAAUCAUCUUCUCCCCAUCUCGCUUGUUUCCUGAAUAGACUGCAUUGAUGCCCACAGCCAUGCUCGGCCUGGAAACCUUUUUAAAGAGGCCGCACUUACGGACACGUGGCUCUCUGUAGGUGGACCCAGGCACAAACAAGGGAAAAGGUAUGUGUGUGUACGUGUGUGUGUGUGUGUGUGUCACAGGUGGUCUGAGGGUCGGGUGCUUGCAACAAAAAGAGGAAUGCCGGCUGAAUUUGCUUCUUCUCCCUGUGAUCUCAGUGCGAUCUGUUCGGGUUUCUUUUUCGGUCCGGCUCUUGUUUUUUUUGUUUUUUUCUACGACGACCACGACUCAAGCAUGUGGCAUUUUUUUCUCUCUCUCAUACGUGGUGGAUGUUCAUUUUUACAUGAAGUAUUUAUUAGUUCAGCACUGUCAUGGUCGAGAGCUCAGCUGCAGCACUACAAAGUCCUUCCGGCUCUCCGGGAACGCCGCACCUUCGGACAAAUUGGGACAAAAGGAGAGGACGUUGAGGGGGGGGAUUGCGUCGCUCUCCAAAGAAAAUCCGAAGCAAGGGACCUUGGUGCAACCCUUUAGGACUGUCGGACUGCUCUGCUGUCCCAAUCGAAAAUCUCUUCCUGCGUGGACUGUCGAAUCUGUCGAAUCAGGCUGGCAUUACCGAUUUUGCCUCACCAGGGAUCUCCAAAAAAACAAACAACCUGCUGCUCUGAACUGUCUUCUUCUUUCUUUGUCCCGGGGGAGCUCCUCAGGUCUCCCUCAGACAUCCGUUGGCCUUUUCACGCAUCGUGGUACUAUCGUCUAUUUAUUCAACCGCUUUUUAAACUAGACGCUGAUCGUGUAGCACUGGAUAUGUGUAUAGCAAGAAAAAAAAAAAAGAGUUAAAGACGGUCAUUUUAAAAAAAACCUUUUAUUUGUUAAAUCAUCCUUUUUCUCGAGGGUGAAUGAUGAUAGGUUUUGGUACAGAAAUUAUGCUUUUCUUUUUUUGUUUUCAACUUUUUUUUUUUUUUAAAGGUUUUAUUAUGAUUAAAGCUACAUGGUGUAGAGUCCGAGCUGAUGUUAUGUGUUUUCAUCAUAACGGAAAUUCUCUGAUGUUUAGAGCUUAGUUGUGUUUUCUCUCUCUCCACUGGGCACUCUUGAAUUGUCCUGUAUAAAGGUGCACUCAUGAACACUUGUCGACGGCUUCUUUCAUGCAAUGUAACUCCCCCUUCCUCUCCUCCUCCUCCUCCUCUCCCUCUCUUUCCCCCCCUGAGUGUUUUUGUCGGCCUGUCCCAUCUUUAACCACGGGAACGGCACACACACUCUUGUUGUGAAGGGUGUUUUCGUGCCGCUCUGUAACCGCUUCGAAUGACAGUAUUUGAUAUAUUCACAAAGGGGUUUCUGUGUGUUUCUGGGCGGGUGGUUCAGUUCUGUACCAACAUUAAAGAACAUUCCUCCAAGGUGUUGACAAACACUGCCACGUCGUCUCUCUCUCUUCUCUCUGCUGUCUUUUCAAGAAAGAAAAAAAAAAAAAAUCAAAAGUGCUUUUUUAAGAAACCGUUUGUUGGCCUCGAGAACAACCAGAAGUGUUGCACGAGCACUUUACUUUCUGUUUGUUGGGGAAUUUUCCUUUUUUUUUUUUUUUUUUUUGAAUGGGCAUAAAAACUAAUUGAUAACACUGCUGUAAAAUUGUUCAAACUAAAACCAAACACUAAGACUUAAAUACUGAAAUGUAAAGCUGAAGCGCCUCCCCCCUGAUAUGAUACUACUGCUGUCUCCAGAAACAGAAUACUUGAUUUCUCAUUUGCUGCAUUUGUUUUCGGGUGGAGGAGGUGGCGGAUCCUUAACUGUAUGCGAGUGUAUUUUUUAUGUUUACUAAAAAGAUUGUAUUGGCA